UUGCUUAUUGUACUUCAUUCUGUAGUAAUCCGAUCAGAGCAUAAUACACUGUAAUCGACGGCAAGAGAUACACAAAAUUUUGUUUACAUUGAGUAACAUCCACUAUGAUCAACGUGGAUAGUUUGUUAGAGUCCGGUGUCGGCUACUCUCAAGGAAUUAACUCACCUAUCAAUGAAAAUAUUGACAUGCAAUCGGGUUGGCAUGACAUUGAAAGCUUAUCCAUGAUGUACCAAGACAACACUCCAUACGAAAAUGGAAUGCUGCAGGCUCUUGACCAAAUGAGAGCAGCCAACAUGUCCGGGAAACACGAAAUCUCCGAUGUUGCUGGAAACCGUUCUCCGUGCGAGCAGAGGGAGACUUAUGAUGAACUCCUUGAUUAUGACUUUAUUCUCGCAAAUACCGUGGAAAGCCAGAGUUUAUAUUCUGAGGACAAUUGUUUGAAAAUUAAACAGGAGCAAUCUCAGUCCAAUAUGAUUGGUGGAGACGCGUUACCAGACUUUCAUUCCACCUUCCUAGAUAUUCCUGAUAUUAAAUUUGACAAUGAUGUGAACAAUAGUCUACCAAAUGAAAUGGAAACCAUGAAAAUGGACUUCAACAAAUACAUUGUUCCAAAACAAGAAUUCGGACACGCAACUGUUUCUAGUUCUUGUGCAUCUUACAUGGGCAACAAAUCGCCUGUGAUGACAAUGUCCCGCUUAACCUGCAAUGUCACGCCAGUAUCCCCGCAGCACCAACAGAUGCAUUAUCCAGUCAACAUUCCUAGCAAUAUGUCCCCACCAUCAUCUCCAGAAAUGCAAAACGAUCUCCCAAAAUACCGCGCACCUCUUCAGAUGCUGCAACAGCAGCAACAAAGUCACUUCCACCGCAUGGCUCCACAGCAAAUCCACCCUCUCCAAAACCAGCAGUACCUGAUGAACACCAAUCCAUACAUGCCAAAAAUGCAACAACAGCACAUGUUGCAAGUCCCACACCAGAUGAUCACACCACCGUCAUCACCGCAACUUGUUGACCUGUUGCUGCCACCGCCAACUGUUGAUUCAACCGCCGCUCAACCAAAGAAGCGAGGCCGACGAACCUGGGGCCGAAAACGCCAGACAAGCCACACCUGCACGCACCCCGGCUGUAACAAAACGUACACCAAAAGUUCCCAUCUCAAGGCGCAUUUGCGAACACACACAGGUGAAAAACCAUACGCAUGCACAUGGAAAGGCUGUGGAUGGAAGUUCGCGCGAUCUGACGAACUUACAAGGCAUUACAGGAAACACACUGGCGAUCGCCCCUUCCAAUGCCAUCUCUGCGAGAGAGCCUUCUCAAGGAGUGACCAUUUGUCCCUGCACAUGAAACGCCACAUAUAGACACGAGCCGAUGUGCAAAUCGUCUUGCUUGAAGCAAUACUGUUCCAUAGGAAUUGUUGGAAGAAGACGAAACCUUUUCAAUAAUUUGACUACAAACAAAAAAUUGCUAUUCAAAGUUUGAAAAAAGCAAUAUGCAACAUUUUAGCAUACUUGUAGUCAGAAGGUUAUGUCUUCAGUCGUAUUUUUUCCGGAAGUCAGGCUGGACCGUUUCGGAUUUUACGACACUGCGAGGGCUGUUCGCCCCGAGUGGCCCCUGAGCAGAGAGAGACGAAGGGUUAAAGCUAUAUAGAUAUUUGAACUGUUUUGUAAAAACACAAGUAUUUGAAACAGUUGUUCCUUUGAUAGAGUAUAGCAUAUUAUCGCAGCUAUGCAACUGCCACCAACCUACUAAUAACUCACUGUACCUUUGUAUUAAGUUUACUUACUGGCAGCGAAAGUAUUGUAAUUAUCAAUCAAAAGUGCAAUUUUUAUUUUUGCCUUUUGUGCCUAGUUUGCACGUUUGAACGACUGGUUUCGGAUGAAAUUACUGUAGAUCUUUUAUGAUCACUUUGUAUACGAAAAAUAUUUAUAUAUAUACUCGAAACUAUGAUUUUCAACGAAGAGCCUAUUGAGAUUUUAGAAAAUGUGCUUGAUAAUUAAUAUUCUUAAAAAGAAUCUACGGAAUAAUUGUGUUCAUUAAUUUGCUUCCUUACAAUAAUAGCAGGUUAGGUAUUGAAGAAAACCGUUUGAUUGUUAUUAUGUGUUGGUGCUUAUAUAUUAUAUUAUCUGAUUCACUGUUAAUUUAUUUUGUUGUACAUGUAACAUACACACUAGUCAAUUAUUCUAAUAUUGUUAUACUGAGAGUGCCAUGUUGGAUGCCCAGCGGGCCUGGGCUGGUUGUGUCACAUAAAAUUAUAUACUGUUAUUUAUUUUGAUGGUACGAAAUAAAAUAUAUUGAAACUAAAA